AAUGGUUACUUAACUUCUUUUUAUAUGUAGAAAAAUAGCAAUCGAAAUUCUUCCAACCGAAAUACUUCAAAAAUGAGGAUACCUCAUCGUAGCGGAAGCAAGCCACAUAGAGAUCUUAUAUAUGGCAUGGGAGGAAAAGAUGGUAAUCCUCCUGAUAGUUCAAAAGUUUUCUUUGCGACUAGGCAAAAAAAUGGAAAUUUAGUUGAUCAAGAAGCAAUGAACAAAUAUGAUGAAAUAAUGAAGGUGAAGGAGUCUAAUACAUCUUUCGAUGAUAUAGAACUCAUCGAGAAAUGCUUUGGAUCACAGUCUCACAGCCAUGUAUUUUGUUAUGGCGGUGGAAUCAAGAGAAAGCAUUUGGUUGAAUCAAACUCUUCUUAUGUUAAAAAGCUUGAAGCUAGACUUCUUGAAAAGGAGGAAGAAAAUGGUGUGCUUCAAAAACGCAUUGAUGGAAUUGAAAAUAGAUUAGAACAAAUCGAGAAAGACAACAGUCAACCAUCAAUGGCAUCAACAAGAAGCAAUGAUGAUCUUCAUCAGGUUCAUCAUUCUUAAACCCAACAUUUUGGCUCUUUUUGACAAGACUAUAAGUUCAUGAAGACAAGACAUUGAAUCGAAGAACAUAGCCCAUUUUUAGCACACUAUUUUAUUCUUUUAAGGUUCUGUUAAUGUUCAUUGAAAAGUACAUUACAUACAUAUGUUUUUUUUAUCAGGAGACAUAUAUGAAUGCUUUUUGUUGGAUCAAUAUAAAUCGUUUUAGACAUAUUAUCAAUUUUGUAUUUAUUUUGUUUAUAUUAA